AUGGCCCAUCACCACCUCCUCCCUUUACUCCUCCUCCUCCUCCUGCCCCUCUUCGCCUCCGCCGCGGCCACCGGCGACGAGGCGCACCUCUCCGCGGUGAUCGGCGACACAGGCCUGGCCUUCGCCAAGGACGUGCUGAUCGGCGAGGCGGUGCGGUCGCUCACCCCGCUCCGCCUCCCCGGGGCGGAGAAGGCCUUCCGCGUGCCUUUCCUCGGCGGCAUCCGCGCCGCCGUCUCCAGCAUCACGCUCUUCCACCUCGACGUGGGGGAUAACUCCGUCGUCCGCCUCGGCGACUCGGCCCUCGUCGUCGUCGCCUCCGGCAUUACCGCCAACAUCAGCAUGGCCUGGAGCUACUCCUACUACUCCUGGUACUUCCCCGUGGAGAUCUCCGACAGAGGCACCGCUUCGAUCCUGGUUCAAGGAAUGGAAGUUGGGAUAACCAUGGAAAUCAAGAAUUAUAAUGGAAGUUUGGCUCUGAACGCCACGCAAUGUGGUUGUUCUGUGAAGGACCUGGUGAUAUCUCUGGAUGGUGGAGCAUCUUGGUUUUAUCAAGGGUUUAUAAAUGCUUUUGAAGACCAUAUUAGAGCUGCGGUUGAAAAGGUAAUACCGGAAAAUAUUAUUGACAGCACAUCAAAACUGGAUUCGUUGCUUCAAGGUCUUCCUAGGAGUGUUAGUCUGGACAAUGUCACUGCUCUGAACAUGACUUUUGUCAAUGAUCCACUAUACGGGAAUUCCACGAUUGAGUUUGAUAUCAAUGGAUUGUUCGCUUCUGCAGUUGUUAAGACUAGCAAUUUGCAGAAGCAUCCCCAGCUUUCAUUAUCUUGUGGUGGAGCAUCAAAUAUGCUUUUGCUUUCACUCGAUGAAGAUGUAUUCAACUCGGCAUUAGAGGUUUACUUCAAGGCUGGUUCCAUGCAUUGGGUUGUAGACAAAGUUCCUGAUCAAUCUCUACUGAAUACAGCAGGCUGGAAAUUUAUCAUUCCUCGCUUAUAUUGGAACUAUCCAAAUGAUGACAUGGUCCUGAACAUUUCAAUGGCCUCAUCCCCACUGAUGAGGAUUACAUCUGAAAAGAUUGGUGCUACCAUUAAUGCAGACAUGAUAAUUGAUGUUUUACAUGGCACAGAGACGGUUCCAGUUGCAUGCAUCUCUGUAGUAAGAAAUCUCAAAUUCUGA